CCCUCCCCACAAUACCCCCCCCCCUCCCCUCUCCCCCUGUGCCCCAUCAUCACCUCUUGAUGGGUAUUUAGGCCUCCUCCCUUUUCUUCUUGCCAAUGAUCGACUUCUGCGGCCCCGAGGGUUUCGGCCCCGGGUCCUCCCUGCGGGAGUUCGACCUGACCCCCUGUUUCCAGGCGACCAUUGUGUCGUUCCUGCCGCAACUCUUCGUCAUCCUGCUGGGUGUGCCACUCCUCUACAAGCUGGAGGACUCGCAGCCCCUUCCGGCCAUCCGCCGCGGGGGGCUGGCCCCCCGCCUGCUUUAUGCUUCUCGCCUGAUCCUCGGUCUGUCGACCUUCCUCGCGUCGCUUGUCUACCUGACGCUGGUCGUGCGCGACGUCGGCCUCACCUCCUAUGGGUAUGAGCUGCUUCAUGCCAUCGGCAACCUCGUUGCCAACAAUCUCGUCUUCCUGAUCCAGAUUCUCUACUACCAUCGUCGCUUCGGGUCCUCCUACCUCCUGUCCAUCUACUGGGUCGCUGCCGCGGUGGCCGCGUCCAUGAACAUCCGCACCACCUUCGACAGCACCCCCACUUGGAGCCUGGCCCUGCAAAGCAUCCACCUGGCCCUCUACCUUCUGCUGUCCCUUGUGGAGUCCAUCGAGAAGCCGCUGGAGCCCGGCGCCGAGGACCAGUUCACGCCCGAGGAGCAGUCCAACUUCUUCUCGAUGAUCUCCUUCUGGUGGAUGACCAGCACCAUGAUCCUGGGCUACCGCAAGCCCCUGGAGGGGUCUGACCUUCAUCGCCUGAAUGCGGCCGACCACUCUGACCGGCUGUACAAUCAGUUUGGUACCGCCUGGGCCGAGCAGCUCCGCCGCCACGGCCACAAGUCCGGCCAGAUGGGCCACAGCGAGGCGGCGGCGGAGGAGGAGCUCGACGCCGAUGAGGACGACCUUGUCCAGGUGGAUGGCCGGUCCACGCCGUCCCUCUGGUCUCGGAUCUUCCGUCGCGGUCGCAGCGCCGGCGGCCAGAGGAAGAAGAAGAAGAAGUCCCGCAAGCGCCGGCCCUCGGUCCUGUGGGCCGUCCUCUCGGCAUACGGUGCUCCCUUCGGCGUGGCGGCCAUCUUCAAGCUCCUGCAGGAUUUGAUGUCCUUCGUGCAGCCGGUCCUGCUGCGCGAGCUGCUGGCCUUCGUCACCAGCCAGGGCACCCCCACGCCCCAGCCCCUCGAGCGUGGCAUCUACAUUACCAUGGUCAUGUUCGGGACGGCCCUCUUCCAGACCUUUGUCCUGCACCAGUACUUCCACCGGUGCUUCACGACCGGCAUGCGCGUGCGCGUGGGCCUCACGGCGGCCAUCUACCGCAAGGCCCUGCUCCUGUCCAGCGACGCCCGGCAGCAGAGCACCACCGGCGAGGUGGUCAACCACAUGAGUGUCGAUGCUCAGCGUCUGCAGGAGCUCACCAACUACGGGCACAUCCUCUGGUCCGGCCCGUUCCAGAUUGCCCUGUCGCUGUACUUCCUGUAUGAGAUCCUCGGGCCGGCUGUCUUCGCCGGCUUGGCGGUCCUGCUGCUGAUGAUCCCCAUCAACUCGCGGCUGGCCAUCCGCAUGCGGGACUUGCAAAAGCGCCAGAUGGCCAGCAAGGACCAGCGCAUUCGUCUCAUGGAUGAGGUCCUGGCCGGCAUGCGUGUCAUCAAGCUCUAUGCCUGGGAAAAUUCCUUUGUCCAGCGGAUCCGCGGCGUGCGCGCCGGCGAGCUGGCCGAUCUGCGCGCCACGGCCAGCAUCGCCUCCGUGCAGUCCCUCACCUGGGUGUCCUCGCCCUUCUUCUUCUCCUUCGUCAGCUUCAUGGUCUAUGUGCUGACCAGCCCGACGCCCCUGACCCCGGAGGUGGCCUUCGUCAGUCUGUCGCUCUUCAACCUGCUGCAGUUCCCGCUGGCCAUGUUCCCGAAUGUCAUUAGCAGCAGUGUCGAGGCCGGCGUGGCCAUCACCCGGCUGGAGGAUUUCUUCCUGCGCGAGGAGCUGGACCCGCGUGCGGUGUUGCGUCUUCGCUCGGAGGGCAUUGCCUGCCCGGAUGCCAUGCCCCUCGGUGGUGGUGGUGCCGACACCAUCGAUGCCACCGGUGCCGGGGAGGAUUCGGCCAUCGGCUCUCCCCUGUCGCUGGGUCCCCUUUCGGAGGCGGCUGGCCAGCCUUCGCAGGAGCUGGAGACGGCCGGCCUGCUGACCGGCGCCACGGCGGCCACUGGCGGGGCUCGACUCACCAUGGGUGUGUCCAUGGCCGCUGGCAGUGAUCUGGAGUCGCUGUCGGAUAGUCCCACGAUGACCGCCACCGCCGGGGGUCCAGGCGGCGAGUCGCUGGCCAUGACCAGCCUGGCCGGGGUGACCCUGCUGCCGGACAGCCGUGUGGUCAUCGAGGACGGGUCCUUCGCGUGGAGCCAGCGCCAGGCUCGCGACGGGACCCCGACUCUGCAGCGUGUGUCCCUGGCUCUGAACGAUGCGUCGCUCAUGGCGGUGGUUGGCCCGGUUGGCUCGGGCAAGUCCAGUCUCAUCGGUGCGGUGCUGGGUGACAUGCUCCGGGUGUCGGGCGCGGUGGCCACCCAGGGCCGCGUCGCGUACGUCCCCCAGCAGGCGUGGAUUCUCAAUGCCACUCUGCGCGAGAACAUCCUCUUCGGGCGUCCCUACGAUGAGGCGUUCUACAAUUCGGUGGUCGACGCGUGUGCCCUGCGCCGGGAUAUCUCCAUCCUGCCGGGUGGUGACAUGACCGAGAUCGGUGAGAAGGGUAUCAACCUCUCUGGUGGCCAGAAGCAGCGCGUGUCCCUCGCGCGCGCGGUCUACAGCCAGGCCGAUAUCUACCUCCUGGAUGACCCACUUAGUGCGGUGGACAGCCAUGUCGGCCGGCAUAUCUUCGAGCGGGUGAUCGGCCCGCGCGGGUGUCUGGCCGACCGGGCCCGGCUGCUGGUCACGCACGGGAUCCACUACCUGCGCUAUUGCGACCAGAUUGUCACCAUGCGUGGCGGGCGCAUCGUCGAGUCCGGGUCCUACCGGGCGCUCAUUGACAAUGGCGGCCUCUUUGCCCGGCUGGUCGAGGAGUAUGGCUCGGCCGAGGCCGAGGAUGGCGGCGACGCCAGCCCCGGGCUCAUGGCCUCCGAUGACGAGGACAACGCGGACACCGGCGGCCCCAGCCCGGCAAGUGAGCCGCUGGUGGAGGAGGCCGAGGCGCAAAAGGCCGCGGCCCUGGCCGCCAAGCCCGAUGCCGAUGCCGCCGGGGCCCAACUCGUCGAGAAGGAAACCCGUGAGGUGGGCGACGUCAAGGGGUCUGUCUAUGUGACCUACAUGAAGGCCAUGGGCAUUUGGCCGACCGUGCUGCUGCUGGUGUCCUUCCUGCUGACGCAGGCCGCCCAAAUUGGCUCCAGUGUCUGGCUGUCCUACUGGUCCGAGCAGCGGACCACCAGCAAUGUGUGGCUCUACCUGGGCGUGUAUGCGGCCCUGGGCGUGGUGAUGUCCCUGCUGACCGUGGCGUCGGUGUAUGUGUCCCGGGUGGUGACCGGCCUGCGUGCGGCGCGGCUGCUGCACGAGAAGCUGCUGGAUCGGAUCUUCGCCGUGCCGAUGAGCUUCUUCGACACCACCCCCCUGGGGCGCAUUGUCAACCGGUUCAGCAAGGAUCUCAACACCAUUGAUCAGGUUCUGCCAAAUGCCAUCUACUCCUUCCUGCGGACCUUUGCCCAGGUGCUGGCCGUGCUGGUGGUCAUUUCCUACUCGACCCCGUACUUCCUGAUUGCCAUCAUCCCCCUGGGCGUGGUGUAUGUCAUGGUUCAGCGGUUCUAUGUGGCCACCUCGCGCGAGCUCCAGCGCUUGGAGUCCAUCUCCCGGUCGCCGAUUUACGCGCACUUCGGCGAAUCCCUCGGCGGUGUGUCCACCAUCCGUGCCUACUGCCAGGAGAAGCGCUUUAUCCAGGCCAAUCGUGCCUUCCUGGACAUCAACUCCCAGAUGUACUACCCCUCCAUCAGCAGCAACCGCUGGCUGGCCGUGCGGCUGGAGUGUGUCGGCUCCCUGAUUGUCCUGCUGGCGGCGUUGUUUGCCGUGCUGGCCGGCAACACCAUCAAUGCCUCUACCGUGGGCUUGUCCCUGACGUAUGCCCUGUCCGUGACGCAGACCCUCAACUGGAUGGUGCGCAUGUCGUCCGAUGUGGAGAGCAACAUCGUGUCGGUGGAGCGUGUCAAUGAGUACACCGAGCUGGAGACCGAGGCGCCGGCCUCCAUUCCGGAGACCGACCCGAAUGCCAAUUCCCCGGCGGCCUGGCCCUCGGCCGGUGCCAUCACCUUCCACAAGUACUCCACGCGCUAUCGGCCUGGCUUGGACCUGGUCUUGCGGGACAUUUCCCUGGCCAUCGGGGCCCGGGAGAAGAUCGGUGUGGUGGGCCGCACCGGUGCCGGCAAGUCGUCCCUGACGCUGGCCCUCUUCCGGCUGAUCGAGGCGGCUUCCGGGUACAUUGACAUUGACCAGGUGGACACCUCGCGCUUGGGCCUGCACGAUCUCCGGUCUCGGCUGAGUAUCAUCCCCCAGGAGCCGGUGCUCUUUGGUGGCAGUGUCCGGCAGAAUCUGGACCCCUUUGAUGACCAUACCGAUGAGGCGGUGUGGGCCGCCCUGCACAGUGCCCACAUUGGCCCUCACAUUGCCUCGCUCGAGGGCCAGCUGUCGGCGAUCGUGGCCCAGGGCGGGGAGAACUUCAGUGUCGGCCAGCGCCAGCUGAUUUGCCUUGGGCGUGCUCUGCUCCGCCGGAGCCAGAUCCUCGUGCUGGAUGAGGCCACGGCCGCCGUGGAUGUCGAGACCGACACCCUCAUCCAGAGCACCAUCCGCAAGGAGUUCGCCGGGUGCACCAUCAUCACCAUUGCCCACCGGCUGCACACCAUCAUGGACAGCGAUCGGGUUCUGGUGCUGGACCAUGGCCGGGUGGCGGAGUUCGACUCGCCCCAGGCCCUGCUCGCCCAGCCGGGGUCCAGCUUCUUCGGCAUGGCCCUCGAUGCGGGCAUUGUUCGUCCGGAUGGCACCAUGGUCGGCAGUGCCACUGGCAGCAGUGCUGGCAGUGCCAGCGGCAGUGUCGCCGGCAGCAGCGAGGCCAUUUCGCUCCUGUGAUAUCCCUCCUUUGCUUGCCCUCUCUCUCUCUCUCUCUCUCUCUCUCUCUCUCUCUCUCCUUUGCCCCUUCUCUUUCUCUUCCCCCCCUCCUUCUUUGUCCUUGCCAUUUUCCCUUCCGUGUCUCUCCUCCUUGGCUCCCUCUUUUCCCAAUUUGUGUGUCUGCAGCAUUGGCCGGUGCAUUUGCGUGCCAUCGCACAUUGCACUGCGCGCGCCAUGCCAUAUCUUGCCCAAAAUGGGAAAUACAUCCACAAGAG